AUGUACGGUGAUGUUACCAACUGGGACGAAAAUGCGUAUAGGGAAAUUGUUCUCAAGGAGAGGGAAAACCAAACGCGAACCGUUUUCCGAACUGCUUGGGCUCCACCCUACGAUCUCGACACUCUCCUUGUUGCCUCUAGCGACGGUUCCGUCGCAUCCUACUCCAUCUCUUCCUCCAUAGCUGCCUCUAAGCUAAAAAACCAGGCAAUCUGUGGCAAAAGAGGAGGGAAAAUAACUUUGAAUCAGAAGCAGAAAAUAAAUCAGGUGUGUGGGAACUGGAAGACUCAGUUGGCAUUGUGGCUUCGAGUUAGAGAUGAGCAAAAUGAGAAAUGGAAAGAUUUGGGUUCCUGUGAUUUGCGUGGGAGGGAUUUUGGUGGGAAGGAGGGAGGGGAGAAGGUUUGGAAUUUAGGCUGUGGUGAUGAUGGUUGGAUUCGAGGAUGGAAGUGGAAGGAAUUUUCAAGAUCAAAUAAUACCGUUUCUUCACAAGGAAAUGAUAUCAAGCCUGUAUUUGAUGUGGUGAAUCCUCAACACAAAGGUCCUUGGGGUGCGCUUUCACCUAUUCCUGAGAAUAAUGCUCUUGCUGUUAACACUCAGGAGGGAUCUGUUUUUGCUGCAUCUGGUGAUUCAUGUGCAUAUUGUUGGGAUGUGGAAACUGGCAAAGUGAAAAUGGUAUUCAAGGGGCACAUGGAGUAUUUGCAUUGUAUAGUUGCACGCAACUCAUCCAAUCAGAUCAUAACAGGUUCAGAGGAUGGGACCACACGAAUUUGGGAUUGCAAAAGUGGAAAGUGUACUCAAGUGAUUGAUCCAGUAAAACAUUUGAAGUUAAAGGGAUUUGCUUCAUGGGUUGGUUGCGUUGCUUUAGAUGCAAGUGAGAGCUGGUUGGCUUGCGGUAGUGGACGUAAUAUAUCAAUUUGGAACCUUCCUGCUUCUGAAUGCGUAUCAAUGAUUCCAACGCGUGCUUGUGUACAGGACAUGUUAUUCGACAAUAAUCAAAUUUUGACAGUAGGUACAGAUCCUCUACUAAAUCGCUUUGACAUGAACGGCACGAUCCUUUCACAAAUACAGUGUGCUCCUACGUCAUCUUUUUCUAUCUCCUUACAUUCUGCAGGGGUUAUGGCAGUUGGAGGUUAUGGUGGCCUUGUUGAUGUUAUCUCACAAUUUGGUAGCCACAUGUGCACAUUUCACUGCCAGUGUGUCUAA